UACGUCAUUACCAAAGCUUAAUAUUAGCAUUCUUUGCAUUUUAAUUUCAAGCUGUAACUGUAACCAACCAGUUGUUUAGCUGUUCAUCCCUGGCUGCCUCUGGAUGGAAAUUACAAGAUAUUAAGGUUGUCGCUCGUGGCUUGGUAAUGGAUUCAAUUGAUACUAGUAAGCGCAAACCCAGACGCACACAAGGCACGCCAUCCUAUUUCUAUCGGAAUCGCUUUGCCUACGCCUUCAUUGCCGCUGGAACGGUACUAUUUGGAAUUUGGAGCUUGACGCCCAUGCAACGCAUUGCUAACGAAAAACUUCACAAGCAAUUUUCGCAGCCCACUGAAGCUGAAAAAGAUCGUAAAGGCUUGUUUGAUUUUACAGCGCCGCGCCGUGGACAGUUCAUACGCGAGGCUAUUGAGGAGAGUCAAGAAAUGCAGAGACGUUAAAUAACAAGAUGGAUAGACAGACACGCAAAACAAAUUUAAAGAAACUCCAACAAGAAACGGGUUCAACAAAGCUGCGGUAAGGGUGCAGCCAAAUAUCUCGUAAUUGAUUUGUUAGUUGUUUACCAAUAAAAUGUUGUGCUACAUA